AAUGGCACAGGAAUUAUUGUUUAUCAUUGGUAUAUUCUGCACCAUGACAACCUUCGCAAUGGAUCGGCAUAAACAAUAAACGACGCCCUUUUUGUCUCCCGAACGACGAUAUCAAACAAACAACUUAUUGUCAAAAUGUGAAGUCGAGUCCCUGUAUUCUGAUGUGAAUUAAAUUUUGAAGGAUUUUUAAUACCUCGUAUCUAAAGAUGGCAGUCGCGCCUAAAAAAGCAACAUAUUCUACUGCUGACUUUGAAAUUUUUGGCAAAGUACAAGGUGUGUUCUUUAGAAAACAUACGCAAAAGAAAGCAGUCGAACUAGGCCUCAAGGGAUGGGUGAUGAACACCGCGCAAGGAACUGUGGUAGGCCAACUACAAGGACCUGCGAUAGCCGUGGAAGACAUGAAGAUUUGGUUACAAAAGGUGGGCAGUCCGAAAUCGCGAAUUGAAAAAGCUGCAUUCCGAAACGAAGGUCCCAUUAACAGCUGCGCAUUUAGGACAUUUGAGAUUCGACGAUAAAAUAUUGGACACUAGGUACUUGACGCAUUUCAUGUACUCGUAUCAUUUAAUUUAUAUGAUUGAAUAAAAAAAUCACAAAAAGCUUU